AUGUGGGACGAGCGGUUUGAGAGUGGCGAAGUGCUUGGUAUUGGCUUUGUGUGGGUGUGUCUGGUGGUGCCCACGGUGGCUGUUCUCUAUCUCCUCGGCUGGCUCCUCUCGACGGCGGGCGGACUGCUGGCAACGCGACUCGGCGCCACGGCAUGCGUCGGUCUCGGCACGCUUGGUCUGUGGAUAUCAUGGCGACGGGCAGCUGCACGGGACACACAUGUGUCGUCAUCAAUGGUAAUGGUGAGUUUGGCGGCACACGGCUCGCUCUCGGCCACGAACUCGCGGCUGGUUGCUCCAGUCGAUGUGCUCCGUCCGGGCGAGCCAACAGCGAUCGUCGUCAAACUUGCCACUGCUGACGGGGCGGGGGUGGUUGCGAAGGAUGUUGGCGGCUUGGGCGCAGGAGCCAACGGUGCGGCAGCUGGGCGCGGCCCGUAUGCCACCGCUGAAGAGGGUGCCGGCGGCGAUGGCGAGGGUGAGGCCGGAAUCGAGGGCGUUGUCCCUCGGCAUGUGGCUGCGCUUGGGCUUGGCAUCGCGGUCCAGCGCGCGGCGAGCGCGGUUGAAAGCGGCGGGCCGCAUGUCGGGGGCAAGGGCGGCGGAGUGCUCGAGUCGGUGGCGCUGCGUGAGGACGGGGCGGUCGCCGUUGUCCUCUCGCCACGAGUGGCGGGCAUGUACCGGCUGGUAGCCACGCUGCACGGGGUGCCUGUCACCGGCUCACCGCUGGAGCUGGAGGUGGCACCGGGCACGAUCGACGUGCGCGGGUGUGUGGUUGGCGGCGAUGGCCUUGGCCCUGCGCCGCUGGUGGUCUUCCGCGAGGCUCGAGUGACGAUCGAAGCACGCGAUGGGUACCACAACCGGAUCUUUGCGGCGGCGCCGUACGAGGCCCGGCUCGAUGACUACCACAACGGGCUCUAUGCCCUUGUCUUUACGGUCCACGCCGAAGGCGUCUUUACCGGCCGGCUCCUGCUCGACGGCGAGAGUCUGGCGACGUGGAACGUGGUGGUGCUGAGUGUGACGCAGGCUGCGGCACUGCGGGAGGCCCUGACGCCCCCGCUCACCGCUCGGUCGGCGAUUUCUGCGCUCUCGGCAUCGCUCAAGCACGGACUCACCAUGUCCGAGCCUGCGACGCCGUCCGAGGCCUCGGUCGGCAAGGUCGGCGGAAGCAGCUUUGACUCUGGCGAGAGCGGCAUGGUCGGGCGAACGCUCUCGGCAACAUCGCUGGUUGGGCUGGAGGCCGAAGCGAGCAGCGGUGGCAGCGGCGGCGUGGUCUCCAAGGUUGCGUUCAAGGUUGUGCUGCACUCUGCGUCGCUGACGACGAUGGUGGUGGACGAGCGGCUGGCGGUCAUGGGGAGCUCGGGCGAUGAGGUGGUUGUGGAGGAAAGCGAGGUGUUGAAGCUAGUCAUCACGCCGCGACGACUGCUACUCAAGCGGUAUGUGCUGCUUGGCCUUGUGCCGCAGCGUGUGGCUAAGAUGCGGCUCGGGCGCGGGGCGAGGCUUGUGCUUGACCCCGGGUCGCAGACCGAGUUCACGAUCUCCAACUCGCGUGAGUCGCUGCGGAUGGCGGUUGUGAGGCACGAGGAGCGCGAGGUGCUAUACGGCGCGUUUGUGGCGCUGCAGGCGGCAGCGGAGGAACGCGGCGGACGUGAGCACGCAGCGGCGGCACUCGAGGCCAAAACCGCGGCGUUGUACGCCGAGUUGCAGGCACAGCACGCGCGGGCGGCGCGCGAGUCGGGUGUCGUCAAGUGGGUCAAUCUCAGCCUGCAGGUUGAGGGCGAUGCCAGCGAGUCACUGCCUGAGACGCUGGCGGGACUCUGGCCGGCGGCGGUGCGUGAGCUCGGUGGCCUGCGCAGCUCCAAGUGGCGCAAGCGUUUCCGUCUUCGUGGCGCAAGCUCGUUUGUAGGCUGGGCAGCAGCGCUUGCGUCGCACGCUUUGGGCAGCGGCGCGCUGGGCCUCUUUGAGCGGACGGGACGAACAGCGCAUCCGCAAGCGGGGCGGACAAGCGGGAGCAAGAGCGGGCUCGCGGCGCUGCGGCUGUGCGGGCGGCUGGCAGCCAAGAUUGUGUACGACGGAGCGGUUCACGGAGCGAGCGAGGUCGGGCGGCGCGAGCUGGGCGUCCCGCUCUCGCUCUCACUGCGGCGGCUUGUGGUCGGGCUCCCGGUGACGGCCGAGUGCCUUGCGGUCGACGCGCCGAUGGUGUACGCCGAGCAAGUCCUCCCGCUGGCGUUCAACGAUGCGUCGGCAAGCUCUGCGAUGGCGUUUACCAUCCGCGACGGCGAGACGGAGGUCGAGCUUGUCCCUGAUGGGGCGAGCCACGCGGUGACCGAGCGCAACAAGGAGUGGUAUCUUGCGCUGCUGGCGCACUACUGGGCCGUGACGCGUGUGGAGAAGCAGGUGAUGGCGUUUCUAGAAGGCUUCUACGAGCUUGUGCCGGCCGAGCUGGUCAUCGGCAUCGACGAGUGCGAGCUCGAGGUUCUCCUGCACGGUCUCCCGCGGGUGGAAGUGCGCCGGUUGCAGAGUGCGGCAGUGUAUGCAGCGCCGGAGCGACUGAGCAGUGGGAGUGAGGUGGCGGCCUGGGUUUGGGACGCUGUUGACGCCUUUGCGCCGCUCGACCAGGCCCGGUUCCUCCACUUUGUCCUCGGGACCUGCGUCAUCGACGACUCUGCCGAUCCUGGCAGCGUAGCCGUUGUUCUCGCACCUGCAGAUGGCUCGGUAUUUGCCGCUCGCCGAGUUGUUCGCACCCUUGACGUCCCGGUCGACAUGCUCUCCUCCUACCACGAUGUGUACGAUGCGCUCCUGGCAGCCAUCUACGACGACCGAGACAGUUGAUGGGAGAGAGGCUUUAUGCGUGUGUGCGUAUGUGUGUGUGUGUGUGGGGGGCUGUUGGGGGGUGCAGGACAUAAAAUUGUACAACCUCGA